UUGCCAGUCAAUCUAGCAUUUGGGCUGCCCUUUAACAACAAAAGUUUCAAGUCGCAUUCUCAGUACAUAACAAAACUAAAGGCAACUCUACAAGAGACCUACAAACUAGCAACAGACCAUGCUAACAAAAUAGCAGAAAGAAACAAAACAAGGUUUGAUAUGCGAGUGAAACCCUCAAAACUAGACCCAGGUGACAGAGUUUUGGUGCGUGCAGUCCGUCUCAGAGGCAAGCACAAGCUAGCCGACAAGUGGGAGACUGAUAUUCACGUUGUGGUGAACCAAGCAGGUGACUUGCCCGUCUACAGUAUAAAACCCCUAACGAAAGAGGGCCCAGUCCGCACAGUCCACCGCGAUCUCUUGCUCCCUUGUGGUUUUCUUGCCCCUGUUGAGGAGAAACCUGUCCAACCAACUCAUGUACGCAAACCAAAAACAAGGCAAUCACCUAAACAACAUGAGGAAUGUCAUCAUUCGGAACUGGAGGAUGAGGAUGUCUGUUGGUUCAGAGAGGAACCUAUUCAAGAGCCCAUAAAGGUCACUCGAGUCUAUGAGAUUCCCCAGCCAAAGACACACCCUAAUGAUCACAACCAUGCUGAAACUAACUUGCCUGGACAUGACAACUUACAUGAACAUGACAACUUGCCUGGACGUGACAACUUACCUGAACAUGACAACUUGCCUGGGCGUGACAACUUACCUGAACAUGACAACUUGUCUGGAGGUGACAAUUUAACCGGAUGUGACAACUUACAUGAACAUGACAACUUGCCUGGACGUGACAACUUACCUGAACAUGACAACUUGCCUGGGCGUGACAACUUACCUGAACAUGACAACUUGUCUGGAGGUGACAAUUUAACCGGAUGUGACAACUUACCUGAAAGUGGAAAUCCACUUGGAUGUGGAAGCCUAGAGGAGAGUGAAACCAUGGUGGAACACUCAAACACUGACAAUGAAAGCGAGAGUGACUCUAACUUACCCGAUGGACCUACCUGUGAUGGGCCAGUGGAAGAAGACAACUCAAAUGAUAAUCAAGCAAACUCAAGUCAGUCAAAUACUGAGAGUGAAGCUGCAGCGGCUAUAAGGCGCUCAGAGAGAACAAGAACCCAACCAGAACGACUACAAUAUAGUCAGUUGGGAAAUCCCCUCGUUUCCAUUGCCCAGUCCCUGUUUCAAGGUCUAAGCCUGGCUUUUACCAAUGCCUUGACAGAACAAGAUCCUGUGGUCAUCCCCAUGAAUGCUGGUUCCCCUGUCAUUACCGUUUAGCUAUCCCAUGCAAAGGGACUUGCAUGAUUCUAAGGGGGGAUAGUGUAACCCAGUGUUAAAAACGGGAUUAAAAGCAUAAAUAUGAAUACUUAUUUGAUUAAAAUACUAAUUUCAUAAUGGUAAUAAAUACUGCUAAAAAGAAGGUAAAUAUAAUAAAUAUUGAAAAAAGCAUGUAAACAUAAGUUUAAUUAAUAUGUACGUAUGUAUAUGUAAUAUAUAAAUGGUGUGGGGGCAGGACUUAGUCCUGUGGAGUGUGUUUGUUAGAUCCACUGAGCGACCAAUCAUUGGCCGGUCUGACCCCUCCCCCAGUCUGUGUGCGCUGCUCAGACACCUGUGCGUGCCUGCGUGUGCCAGUCAGAAACGCCAGAGACACAGACGGUGAAAGGUCCGGUUACCCGUGCGGUGAAGAAGCUAGCUGGAUAGUAAAAGUCCUGUUUUCGGUGAGAAUAAUAAGAGUGAUACUGUACUCCAGAGGCCGUGAGCCAGCGUGAGCACUGUGAAGCCCCGUGUAGCAUUUGUUGCUUCACAUGGUCAGGUUUUUUUCCUUUGCUUAUUUGGAUUGGAUUGGUUUUGAGGACCUGAGAAGAAUCGAGAUUCUCCCACACUGAAAAAAACGGAAUGAUAAAAUUUAUUUGAGCAUUACCUAAUAAGACUGAUU